GGGAAAAAAAACCCAAAAAACAAAAACUUGCUCUUGGGCAAAAAUCCUUUGAAUCGGUGUUCAGACUCCUCUCUUCUUCGCUGCUGGACGGACAUGGAGAAGCUUGUGCACCUCAUCUUCUUGGUCUCUUUAGCAGAGCUCUAUGCAGCAGAGAACACCACAGUGGUAUACGGCAUGGAGGGAGAGACCAUCUCCAUCAACUGCACCUACGGCCCCAAGGAGCACAAGUGGAAAGAGAAGAGCUGGUGCAAGCAGGUCGAUGAGACGCAAUGCCAGCACGUGGUCAGUGCCCGCCGCUUCUGGCUGCAGUUCCUGAAGAACAGGAAUGGCACCACAUCCAUCUCAGACAACAUUCACAAGGGGGUGCUCAUGGUGACCAUCAAGAGGCUCCAGAAACAGGACGCUGGGUUGUACCAGUGCAAGACUGACUUCUUAGGGACAACAAGGACUUUGCAGAAGGUGAAGGUGGAGGUGCUAGAAGGUCAAACAGAGACCCAGGUGCUGGAAGAUCCCAGAGCUGUACACAGCAUCUCUAGNAGCCUGCCUGCACCUGACUUCAGCCUCCUCUACAUCAUUGCUGCAUUUCUGACCACCAAAUUCCUGGCAGCCAUCCUGAUUUUUAUUGUCGCCACCAGCAAGCGAAGCAAGGGGACAGAGGAGGACAGCCACAGCCGGAACGAACAUCCACUUCUCCUGCUUCCACGUGACCUCCGUGAGGGUGCUCACAGAUGACCUGACCCCCCCUGGGAUUCUGGGACCCAGAAUAUGACUAAGGGCAAACCUUUGCUGUUGCCAAGGUAGAGGAUAAAAUGCUUAAAGCAGCUAGGCAGAGGCAGUACUUAGCUCACACUCUCCUCAGGGGUAUCAACCUGUGCCUCAUCUCUCACCACUUUUCUAACCCAUAUUCCUAUUUCACUUCCAGCACAAGAGAACCAGCUGGACACAUGGCAAGGAGGAAAAGGGUAGAGCCAGACUCCCAAGGUCCCCAUCAAAGAUGCCCACAUGCAGAGCUGUUGGCACAGGUAUGGGCAGGGUGAACAGACUCUGCUCCAUUUUCCCUGUGCUCUCAGCUCAGUGCCGGGACAGAUAAACCUUUGCUUGCCCUGCCAGGUUUUCUUUCACUGCAAAAGAAAGCAAUGAUGCACAUGUAGCAGUGUACUUUCCCUUAGUGCCACAAAAGGACUUUGAGGGUGGUCUCAGCCAUGGUGGGCAGCCUGUGGCCUGAUCCCAAGGCAGUAGACUCAGUACAGCUGCAAUACUAAAAUAAAUAAGCAUUGUUUCAUCUCA